CCCAACAUUUUGCUGUGGUGAAGCAGUAACGAUGAGCAAGCUUUCGAGCGACGUUCUCCGCGAGAGCGUCUCCAAUGUGGUGGAGGGGUCUAAGGCCAAGCCCCGCAAGUUCCUGGAGACGAUUGAGUUGCAGAUCGGUCUGAAGAACUAUGACCCGCAGAAGGACAAGCGUUUCAGCGGCUCUGUCAAGCUGCCAUUCGUGCCUCGCCCGCGCAUGAAGGUUUGCGUGCUCGGUGAUGUGAAGCAUUGCGAGCAGGCCGGCGCUAUUGGUGUGGAUGCCAAGGGUGUGGAGGACCUGAAGAAGCUGAACAAGAACAAGAAGUUGGUGAAGAAGCUGGCCCAGGGCUACCACGCUUUCCUGGCUUCUGACUCUGUCAUCAAGAUGAUUCCGCGUCUUCUGGGCCCCGGUCUUAACAAGGCCGGCAAGUUCCCGGCUCCUAUCAAUAAGAACCUGGAGGAGAUGGUGAACGAGACCAAGUGCAGCAUCAAGUUCCAGCUGAAGAAGGUGCUGUGCAUGGGUGUCGCUGUCGCCAACGUGGGCAUGACCGAGGGCGAGAUCCGCACCAACAUCAUGUACGCUGUGAACUUCCUGGUCUCGCUGCUGAAGAAGAACUGGCAGAACGUGCGCUGCUUGUACAUCAAGUCUACGAUGGGCAAGCCGAUCCGCAUUUACUAAAAUGCAGCUGAUGCUGCGUGGAGCUGUUGGGUACUGAGUUGGGUGCUGCCGGAUGUGCUGGCCACACGCCCGGUCUAACGACGUGCUCGGCGCUUUCGUUUCCUUCCACCACUUUGUUGAUGACUCUUCGCACGAACAUUACCAAGUACCGUGGCUUCCACGGCGGUUACAUUGGGAGCUCAUUUUCGGCUUGUACGUUCGUAGCGUGCUUUGCCGCGUCUGGAUUAUGUACCUCCGCAUCAGCGUCAUGGUUUGUAAUUCCCUGCGUGGUAAAAAAUGAACUCGUGUUGCCUAAGGAUGCUUUUGAAUAGUGUGCAGCGGCCUCAACUUCACCAAGCGCAUUUAAAACCAAGGGGUGAAGGAAAACUCGACAACGGGCCCCUGUUAAGAGGGCUUUCAUUGCGGAAGUUAUGAAACCACACCGUGCAAUGAUGCUCGAUAGCCACUAUGAAUGAGCUAUGUAGCCAGCAGGGUUGCAGUACGUGAUUGCACAUGCGUGGUUGUUGUUGGGCCUCGACUGUUAAAGACAGCCCAGAUAACGACAGCCCAAUUGAAAGCGAGUCGCGCUAAAGUGGGCAAUGAGGAGUAACGUCUACAUAAAAUCCGUACGCAAGUACGGAAGUUCAUGCACGGCCGUACGCACAUGUUUGUCUAUGCUACUGUCGGAUGAAGGGACACUCCUUUCACAGACGUGGUGGGGAAGAGUUCCAUUAAUGUGGCUUACCCAAGCUGUCGUGCAACUAGUACCCAAACAUGCCCUCGCUCAUGUUCAGGCUGGAAUAUUUGUGUGUGUGUGUUACAUGGUUGGGGGUGCGCGACCCCAUACCUGUAAGACUACCCAUACG